AAACAGCUUCAAGGUCUCACACCUUCAAAAAUAAGUCUUUUAAGAAAUCCAGUAUCUGUGGAUUUUGCGAACAAGUCAUUGACAACCAAGGAAUUUCCUGCAGAGGUGGAGACACCCUGCUUUCUUCCAAGCAGCUAUGAGCUGAAUUCCAGCAGUGUUUUGAAGAACUCAUCUUUCAGUUGUGACAAAGUAUCACGAAGUGCCGACUUUGAUCACAUUAUGGAGGAAGGCUCUGAACUUGACCUCACUUACAUCACAGAGCGGAUUAUUGCUGUAUCGUUCCCUGUGGGCUGUUCUGAGGAAACUUACCUCCACAAUCUACAAGAAGUAACACAAAUGCUCAAAUCCAAACAUGGUGAUAAUUACUUGGUAUUAAACCUCUCUGAAAAGAGGUAUGACCUUGGCAAGCUUAACCCAAAGAUUAUGGAUGUGGGGUGGCCUGAUUUCCAUGCUCCGCUUCUUGAUAAGCUGUGCACCAUCUGUAAGGCUAUGGAGUCCUGGCUGGACAAUGAUCCUCAACACGUGGUGGUGAUCCAUUGCAGAGGAGGAAAAGGAAGGAUAGGUGUAGUCAUAUCAUCAUAUAUGCACUUUACCAAUGUUUCUGCAAGUGCUGAUCAGGCUCUAGACAGAUUUGCUAUGAAGAAAUUCUUUGAUGAUAAAGUUUCAGCUUUAAUGCAGCCGUCCCAAAGAAGAUACGUGCAGUUCUUAAGUGGCCUUCUAUCUGGAUCUGUGAAAAUGAAUGCAACCCCUCUUUUCCUGCACUAUGUUAUCCUUCAUGGCAUCCCCAACUUAGAUGCUGGGGGAGCUUGUUGGCCUUUUCUGAAGUUAUACCAGGCUAUGCAGCCAGUUUAUACAUCUGGAAUAUAUAGCAUACAGUCAGAAAAUCAAAGUCAAAUCUGCAUUGCUAUAGACCCUGCCCAGCUUUUGAAAGGAGAUAUUAUGAUAAAGUGUUAUCACAAAAAAUACAAGUCAGCUACUCGUGAUGUGAUUUUUCGCCUUCAGUUUCACACUGGAGCUAUUCAAGGACAUGGCUUGGUGUUGGGCAAAGAAGAUUUGGAUAAUGCCAACAAAGAUGACCGUUUCCCUGACUACAGCAAGGUGGAAUUAGUGUUUUCAGAAACUCCAGAGAAAAUUCGAGGAUGUGAACACCUUCAUAACGAUCAUGGAGUAAUAGUUGAUUACAAUACAUCAGACCCAUUGAUACGCUGGGAUUCGUAUGAAAAUAUGAGCCCUGAUGGGGAAGUAUUGCAUACCCAAGGACCCAUUGAUGGCAGUCUGUAUGCAAAAGUGAGAAAGAAGAGCUCUUCAGACGGCAACAUCCCUGGUGUUGCUCAGGGUGUUCAUGUUACAGGCAGUCCUGAUCACAGUGAUCAUACCCUGUCUGUCAGUAGUGAUUCUGGACGCUCCACAGCUUCCAUCAGAACAGACAAGACUGAGGAACGCGUUGUCCCAGGAGUUAAAUGGGGUUUGAGCCCACAAGAGAAGGCAGAACUGGACCUGCUACUUAGUGGCUUUGGUCUAGAGGAUUCUGUCAGCACUGCCAAGGAUAUGACUGAUGCUCAAAACAAGUACAGUGCUACUCACCACAUUGUGCCAGCUCACAUUCACAUGAAUGAAGUCACCAAAAUGAAGGACAGGGAGACUGAUAUUCUGGAUGAUGAAAUGCCUAAUCAUGACCUUCACAGUGUGGACAGCAUUGGGACGUUGUCUUCCUCAGAAGGGCAGCAUUCUACCCACCUAGGGAACUUCAGUUGCCACAAGAGCAGUCAAAACUCACUUUUUUCAGAUGGCUUUGGAAGUAAUGCUGGGGAAGAGCAUCGCAAUUUUGCUGCAGACCUGGGCAUUGGUGUGGAUUCUGUCUUUGAGAGGUCAUUUGGAAGCACUGAGCCAAAGUCAACUGAGCAAUUGCAACAGAAUCCUUCUAUCUCACCCCAUCCACAAGCCUAUCACCCAAGUAACUACUCUACUCAGACCUGGGUACGCCAGCAGCAGAUGGUCACUGCUCACCAAUAUGGUUUUGCCCCAGAGAAUGAAAUUAGGGUUGGCAUUCAUAACACUGUGGAGAAGUUGGGCAGUGUCCAGAGACAGUCCCAAGUCCCAGAUGCUCCAACACGUAGCUCUAGCAGCAGAGAUGCUGGGCAAAGAGGGCUAGGAAGCAUGCUGGGUGCUGCAGAAGCUGAAGAACAUGAAAGUGCUGACAAUUUUAAGUCAAGGUCAAUGCCUCAGAGGAACACAAAUGGCCUGGAUGUAGGACAAAAUGCUGGGGACUUGCCAGCUUCUCCAACUUUGGAUAUUGAUCAGUCCAUUGAACAAUUGAACAGGCUGAUCUUGGAGUUAGACCCUACAUUUGAACCUAUCCCAACCCACAUUGAUUCUCUCACCAGUGACAGAAAUCAAGUAAAUGACUUCAGCAGCCUUGAUGCACACAUGGAAGAGCUUAACAGUAGUUCUGGCUUCCAUGACAAAUUUGAGGUCAGAAGCAGGAAUGCCUCCGGAUAUGCAACAGGUAUGCAAGAUGAUGAUGCAACAGAGAAAAGGCUCAGAAAGUUAAGUGUUGGGCAGUAUGACAAUGAUAUUCCUGGGGAAUCAUCAUAUAACAGGUGUGGAUGGAUGAAGUCUGCUAGUCACCAGGCUGUAAUUCCAAGAUCACCGGUUGCUGGAGGGAAAACCAAGGAGAUGAUGGUUGUACAUUACCGAGAUGAAAUAGAUGGGGGCAUCUUCUCUGCAAUAAAAAAUGGAAAUGAAGCUGUCACAUUCACAUCAACUUUUCCUCUGUCACCAGAGGUGACAUAUGUGACAACACCUCCACCAUGCCAUCAGCAGAUUCCCUCCAGCCAAAAGGUCAGCAGCCCAUCAGAGCUGUACAGAACCAUUUCUGAAUCUCAAAGUUACACGGAAGCCAUUAACCUCUCUGUGGUGAUGUCUGAUGGCACCGUGGGCACUAACUCUUCUUUGCUGAGGGCCAACAUGCAGACUGAUCCUUCUUUUCAGCGCUGUUUUGCAUCUUCAUCUACUAUUACAAAUAGCAGUCCUAUCCCAGGGGCAGAAAGCUCUUCUGUCACAGAAUAUCCUUGGCUUGAAAACAGCUCUAAAGCUUCCCUGUCAACCCAGUUUUCAGUGGGAAACACCAGGCAGCCAGGAGGUUACCUUGUGCCCUCUGAAUUUUCAAGUGCUGUGCAGGAUAUCUCUCUCCUGUCUCAUUUCCAAACUCCAGGAAUGCAAGUUGUCACCCUGAGCAACCUGGAGAGUUCACCAGCAAAGCCACACCGAGAACAUGGUAUCAGCAGCAGUGCCCAUGCCUACCUGAGCUACAGCACUGGUACCAGGGACAGUAGCUCCUCCCAAGAGGAGACACAAGCUACUUGCAUAGCCAAUGCUAGCACUUCUAAAACGCUGAGCUCAUCAGUGGCAAGUGCUGAUGACAAUGACUUUUUGAUGCAGAACUUUCUCACAGUGACCUCUGGACACAACAGCCGGAACAGUGCAGUUCCACAUCACCAUGGAGGGAACCUACAUGCUCAACCUCCUCUUCCAGAGAAGACGAGGUCCUCUGAAGGAGAAUGUUCCGUUUACUCUGUGUCACCGUCUUCAAGUGGCUUCUCUAGCCCUCACAGUGGAAGCACAAUCAGUAUUCCCUUCCCAAAUGUCCUCCCAGAUUUCUCAAAAAUGUUAAGCCCUUCCCCAGUGCCAGAAGACACAGCUGAUAAACAUGUGACUGUAAAAUUUGUUCAAGACACAUCCAAGUUCUGGUAUAAGCCAGAUAUUUCAAGAGAACAAGCCAUUGCUGUUCUCAAGGAAAAGGAACCUGGGUCUUUCAUUGUUCGAGACAGUCAUUCUUUCCGGGGAGCCUAUGGGCUAGCAAUGAAAGUUGCCACACCACCUCCUUCUGUGCUACAGUUAAAGAAAGUUGGAGAUUCAUCAAAUGAACUUGUAAGGCAUUUUCUGAUUGAAUGUACUCAGAAGGGGGUACGCUUGAAAGGAUGCCCGAAUGAACCAUAUUUUGGGAGUUUGACAGCUCUAGUGUAUCAGCAUUCCAUCACUCCACUGGCACUGCCCUGCAAGCUCCUCAUCCCAGACAGAGAUCCCUUGGAGGAGAUAGCAGAAACUUCUCCACAAACUGCUGCAAACUCAGCUGCGGAGCUUCUCAAACAGGGUGCAGCUUGUAACGUUUGGUACCUGAAUUCAGUAGAGAUGGAGUCCCUCACAGGAUACCAGGCAGUACAGAAAGCUUUGAGCCUGACGCUGAUGCAAGAUCCGUCUCCUAUCUCAACCGUUGUCCAUUUCAAGGUGUCUGCUCAGGGAAUCACACUGACAGAUAAUCAAAGAAAACUCUUUUUUCGGCGACAUUAUUCAGUCAACACUGUUAUUUUCUGUGCUUUGGAUCCACAGGACAGAAAGUGGAUGAAAGAUGGUCUUUCUGCAAAAGUGUUUGGGUUCAUUGCCAGGAAGCAAGGCAGUGCCACAGACAACGUAUGCCACCUCUUUGCAGAGCAUGAUCCAGAACAACCUGCCAGUGCUAUUGUAAACUUUGUAUCAAAGGUCAUGAUUGGAUCCCAGAAGAAGAUCUGAUGCCUUUCCAUCCUUGAUUCAGAACUCUUUGCUGGCUUCACUGAAGGAAAUCACUGUGAGAGGGAGAAAAGCUAUUCAGCAACAAUGUCUGAAUAUUGUCAUUCCCAAUAAUGAAAGCAGAGGAUGAUCUGUGUAUUGUGUUUGCAAGACCUCAGGCUUUUAUUUCAAGAUGCAUUAUUUCUUUGUUUUUAUAUCAGAGGACAAAACAAAAGAAGCUGGGUGCCACCCUAAACCACGUAGCCCUUACCUGAAUGAAGCAUAAAUGAAGAACUUUCCUCCUGAUGAGUUCUAAUGUAUCUUCAUAUGCUGUUUCUCAUAGUUUGGAGCAGAAAUACUUAGUAGAUUGCACUACUUUUUUGUUCAGGAAGUGUUUUGUAAAGCCUCCUCAAAGACACUUGCCAUGAUUGCAUCAAUGGUAGUUAUAGGCCUUGCAAACAUAAAUUUAGGAGAGUGAUCAUCUGAGGAAAACUAUUUGCUCUUUCCUAUGUCUUUGUGAUCAGUGAUGAGAACUGAAUGGAGAAACAGGAAGAUGCAUGUGAAGAGAACGUUUGUGCAAGUUGUUUUGUGGUAAGAAAGGAGUGGCAGUAUGGAAUAUUCAGGAAGAUUGCUCUGUAUUUAGUGUUAAGAAGGCUGAGCUAUUUUAGUUUGAAAAUUUUUCAGUAGAGCAGAAGUGGCAAAACAAAAAGAGGUAUGAAAAUCUGUUCUCUAAUUGAGGGGGGGUUGUAAUUUUUUUAAUAUGGAGAACUAGGCAGGGGAGAUUAAGCAUUUUAUAAUUACAGGAUAAAAAUGAGAGGAAAGCAAAGAGAAAGAUUGUAUAAUUUAUGCAUUUUCACCAGUAACAGAUUAUUUAUAGUGAAUCUCAGAUCUUGGUAUGCCAGAGAGAUAAUUCUUAAACUAGACCACUAUUGAGCUUUACCUUUAGCACUAAUUUGUGUAAGCAAAUGUGUGUGUAGGCUGGGCCUUGCUAGAGAAAAUAGUCUGAUAUUUUGUCUUUUGUCUUACAGUGACAACACUCUUCCCAUUUUCUGCCUCUGCAACACUGUUUUAUUCCCCUACAUAAUAUGUAAUUAUAUUUACGGACUCUUCUACCCCAUUAUUUUGCUGGAGUUCUGAGGAUUAUUUUACCUUUUUUUUUCAUCUAUAGGAACUAUAUUGAUUUGUUAUUCCUUGAGCUAGAGAAUCUGAAAGUGAAUUGAAUUUAUUUUGUUACUUCGUCCCAUUUCUUGAGAGCAAUUAUGUCAUGAUUUCUGCAUCCAGCACACUUGUACAUAUCUCUUUAUCUUUCUUAACACAUUGAUAUAUGAAAUGCAUAAGAAAGUGCUAUUUAGCUUUAUGGAAAAUUGAUGCAGUAGGUUACAGUGGAAGCCUGAAGUGGAAGAGAGAGUAAGCCACUGAGGUCUCCUUUCCAGUUCCCAUUCAUUCAAAAAGAGCAGUACUAGACCCCAUCAGAACUGAUGGUUAUAAUGCAACUUUAGUGGGGCAAGUGCUGAAAAUUUUCAUUGCUUCUAUUUCUUUCAUGUGCAACUGUCAAUAUUAGUUAAAAACCUGAGGAAUAAAAUAACAUUUUGUAUUUUGUAUGUUGAUAGAUGAGCCACUUUAUCCACUUGUAGAUUUUAAUCCUUUUAUCUGCCAAUUUGAACUAUAUUUGCCCUGUAUAAAAUAUGUUUUUUUUUAACAGCUCUCUCUGUAUUUCCUGAAGUGUUGGGGCCAUGUUAAACCUUUUUCAGUGACCAUAGCUGAAGUGUUACCAAAUUAUUUGUGUAACUACCAAUUUUGUGUAAAUAACUUUAUGUUUUUUAAGAGGAAAGUGAGGAGGAAGAGAGAGAGAGAAGAAAUACUUGAAGUUUUAUGUAUUUGGACCAGAAAGUGGUCUAUUAGUAGCAGCAGGCAUUGGAUAUCUGUAGAGGGGUGAAGCAAUUCAAAGUGCGGAAUUCAAUAGUUAUCCAUUGAAGCAAAAAAGGCAAGUACCUCAGAUUAGUAACAUAUAAUUCUGUUCUUUUGGCACAGAGGCAUACUACUUAACAGUGUUUAUGUACCAUCCAAAAAAAGAAUGCAGUUCUUACAACUAGGAGCUUUGCUCCUUUUACAAAAUAUGUGAACAAGUUUUCUUUUAAUAUUCUUUUGGUGUGGUAAGGUUCCAGUUGCGUAAUCUCAUCACCCUGUUGGAGCCCACAGAAAUUUUUCAGUUUACAUUAAAAGUAGAUUUAAGUCCCGCUUAGAUUUUAAGCUGAUGUGUCGUAAGAAUUGAAAUGAGGAGGAUUUUUAAACUAUAUUUUUUCACUUAUGUAGAUAAUAAAUUUUAGUGUAUCUUCUUAGACACUAAGUGUUGGCCUUUGGGCUGAAAACAAAAUGUCUUAUUUUCCUGUAUUGUCAUUUCCAUUCAGGACCUUAUUUUAUAUUCCUUAUGCUUUCUUAAGGUGUGCUGAAUUCAAAAGCAUGAGGGAUUGCAUGCUGACACUCCUGGUGGUAUUUUCUGAGAGUCUAGCUCUACUUGCUAAGUGGGAAAAAAGAAGUUACCCUGUUUCUCAGGGAGAUUUUCUAUUUUGCAUUCCCUUGGAUGGUAUAUUGCCAUGUGCAUUUGCUUUUUAAUGAAUUUUAAAAUGGACAAAGCAAGAUAGUUCGGUAUGUAACAUUAUGUAGUCUGUGUAGAAAAAUAGUAAUGGAACUUACAUGUUCAUAGGAAAUAUAAGAUUACUUUCAAGAUUUUUGGUAGAUAUGUAUAUACAAUUUCAUAACUAAUAGCAGCAAGUUGACACAUAUAUUUAGCCAGACUCCUGUUAAUGUGGUUCAUAAAUACACUAUUAUAAUCAUACAGUGUUAAACUACAAAAAUGCUAAAAGCCAUGCUUUAUAUUAACGGUUUCAUGUAUCCAACACUGUCAUUAUAUAUUUAGUAUUUCUUUCUUGUUUUUUCCUACUAGUGAAAAUUUUAAGUUUUUUUCUUCAAACUGUAAAGAAGCAUCUAAAAGUCUUCAGUAUAUAAAUGAAUGUUCUAUAAAUUCUUUGUAUAGUCAUUUUCUCUGCUCUUCAGAUGCCACCUCUUUCAGAUUAUAAUAAAAUUACAAAAGUGAAAUU